CUUACUGCUUGUGCUUGUCUGGUUAGUGGUUACGUAGUUAGUUACAGUUUAUUUAUCUUGCCUCGGGCACAGCAUAAACAAAACGCCUAGUUUGAAGUUGCAAUUUGUGAUCAACAUUACAAGAAGAGUAGGCAUAGUGAUCUAAAAAUCAAGAAGGUGUUACUCAGCUACGAAACUAAUCUUAAAAUUUUAAUUUUUAUCGUAAAUAAGUGGUUGCAACAGGUUGUUACAUGUUCGACAACAUCAUGCUGCGAGUUAUUGUUUUUCAACUAUGCUUUCAUUAUCUUUUACUAUUAUGUAGCUGUAGAAAGUCAGGAUUGUACAUAGACAAUGGAGUUGAUCAGACUAUUGUCCAACGAUUUAUGACUAAACAAGAAAAAAGAGAAGUGGAGCAUGAAAUCCUUAACCUCUUAGGUUUAGAAAAUAGACCAAGGCCAGUUGCAAAUUCAAAAACUUUAGGAAGUUCUGCACCAAAAUUUCUUCUUGAUGUCUACAAGUCUGUACUAGAAAACUCAGGCAGUUCGCUUAGCAGAACAACUAGGAGUGAAUUCUUUCUUAGUGGGAGAGAUUUACAUGCAAUUGACGAGAGUGAUGUGAUUAUGACAUUUACAAGCAACAAUAAACAUGUCAGCAGUGUCAGGCAUGAGCGAGGUAAGCGACUGUGGUUCGAUGUUUCUGAGAUUCCUAUUGGAGAAACUGUGGUUGAUGCCGAGUUAAGGCUGUAUCAAAACUCAAACUACUCUAUGGACCCCGGAGAGAACUUCACAAUCACUAUCUAUCAACUUCUUAUGGAGGAUGGAGAGAAGGAGCUGGAGUUUAUCGAUGCUGUGAAUACAAGUCGCAACCAUGAUGGGUGGCUCAUAUUCAACAUGACCGGGCCCUUGACCUCCUGGGUGGCCUUCCCCCGGACCAAUCGGGGCCUCUACCUGUCUGUUCAGCCACAAGGUGCCGUUCACGAAAUGAGACCUGAAGACAUCGGUGUGGUUUCUGCUAGUUUGGAAGGAGAGGAAGAAAAACAACCGUUCAUGGUAGCGUUCAUGAAAGCAACUAGUCAAAAACGUGCUCGCAGAACCAGAGAGAUUCGUCGAAGAAAGAAAGCAGAAAACUCUGAAUCUCCUUAUUCACGCAACCCCUUGGAUCCAUCACCUUUCUGGUCUACUAGAAGUUGCCAGAUUCAAACGCUUUAUGUCAGCUUUCGGGACUUAGGAUGGCAGGACUGGAUAAUUGCUCCGGAUGGAUACGGUGCAUUUUACUGCAGUGGGGAAUGUAACUUCCCACUAAACGCCCACAUGAACGCUACUAACCACGCGAUCGUCCAGACGUUAGUACACCUCAUGUAUCCCUACGAUGUACCCAAGCCGUACUGUGCACCCACCAAGCUGACUCCAAUAUCCGUCUUAUACUUCCUUGAUGAUUCAAAUGUCAUAUUGAAAAAGUACAAGAACAUGGUGGUGAAGAGCUGCGGUUGUCAUUGAGCUGGUUCCUAAGUCUUCAGGUAUUAUGUAGAAUCAAAAAGUAUUUUUGACUGUGUUUUAGAAUAUAGAUAUUGUUGCAUUUAUGUCCACUGUAGGUAUAUUUAGUAUUUUUAUACUGUUAUCUUGUAGUAUUUGAACUGUUUUCAAGGCCGCCUGCAGUGAAGAGGGUGGGGGGUUAGAGAGGACAACAUUUAGAAAUUCAUUAACUUCUGUACAGUUAUAGACAGCACAUUGCAUCCAAAAUAAAUCCUUGUAGGCUAUGACUUGUGAUCAUUAAGGUAAUAAACCAAUGAAAAAAAGAGUUUAACUAAACAGGAACACCAAUAUAAAAUAUCAGGUGUUGUAAGAAAUAUUGCCUGUGUCUAUUACAGGCUACAUAGAAACACAGCAUAAAAAACAAAAAGAAGAACUUUUGGAAAAAAACAUUAUUGCGUUUGAUUAGCCUAGGAAAAGUGACCAGUAUUAAGUUUUCAUGUCAAUAAAUAUUUUUAAAUAGAGCUCAAAUAGUUUUCCUCCUACAUCAUGUAUCAUUAAAAAUAUGUUUUCGUCAUACUGUCCCGGAAAGCAGCCGUUUUUAGUUCUUUAAAUUGUCAGCAAAUUUGUCGUUUUCGGGUAACUUUAAAUAGGGAACAGAAAAAAUGUAUGGUAAAUUUUUGGUUUGCUAACCUCAACAUUUUAUCUGUGCAUUAUCAAAACGCUGUUAACCAAACGAUAUUUAAAGCUAUGUGUGUAAACAACAGAAAUGUAAAUAUUAAUAAUGACUUCGUAUAACUUGAAAUUAUGUGGUAUAAUUUUGUAACGAUUAGAAGGUUAUUUCCACAGUAUGAUGAAAAUAGUUGUUCAUCACAAGGAGGG